AUGACUACAUACGUAAAACUGGUCAAGGGGGCCACAAAGAUUAAGAUGGCCCCUCCCAAGGCAAAGUAUAUCGACCCGAUAUUGAUGGGCACGGCGGAUCCUGCGGACUUUCGAGAGAUUGUCAGAGCAUUGGAGUCAAGGAUAAACGACACAGCGUGGACUAUCGUGUACAAGAGUUUGAUCGUGGUGCAUCUGAUCAUUCGUGAGGGCGACAAGGAUGCGGGUCUGAGUUACUUCUGCGAUCAUCUGUCUUUUUUCCAGCUGAGUGAGAUUACGAGAUCUGCCAAGUGGUCUUCCGGGGAUAUUAGAGCGUUGGAGCGUUACAACAACUAUCUGAAGGUCAGAUGCAUGGAAUACGGUCACAUAUCAAAGGACUAUGUCAGAGACGGGUACUACUCUCUAAAGUCGAUCAAUGGCAGCGGGACCGACGGUAUCGCCAAGUCCCUGGACCAUGUUGACUCGUUAGAGAUUCAGAUAUCCGCGUUGAUCAAAAAUAGAUAUUCACAGUUCGACCUGAACAACGAACUGCUUCUCUGUGGGUUCAAGCUUCUGGUCCAGGAUCUUUUGUCCCUUUACAACGCCUUGAAUGAAGGAAUCAUCACGCUUUUAGAGUCUUUUUUCGAGUUGUCUCACAAGAAUGCCGAAAGAACGUUGGAGUUGUACAAGCAGUUCGUUGACUUAACAGAACAUGUGGUCAAAUACUUGAAAGCGGGCAAAUCUGUUGGGUUGAAAAUUCCCGUUAUAAAACAUAUUACAACCAAGCUGAUAAGAUCAUUAGAGGAGCAUUUGCGCGAGGAUGACAAAAAUCAUGAAACAUUUGUUACAAAUUCAUCGCAAGAUUCGAAACUAACAUCUGCAGAGACAGGUACAAAUGUAAAUACGCAAUCAUUAGCACAACAAAAACUAGAACAGAUAAGAAGACAAAAGAACCUCCUGCAACAACAGUUGCAAAAUCAACAGCUAUUGGUUUCGCCAACUGUGCCACAGCAACCCUACAAUCCGUUCGGAGCUCAGCAACAACAGCCACAACAGCCACAACCGGACGCUUUUUCAUUUGAGCAACAGCCACAACUACAAAUACCGCAAGCUACCGGAAAUCCAUUUCUUCCACAGGCACAAGUGCAACAACAGGUACAACACGCUCAGGUUCAACUUCCAGCUCAAAAUCAACAACCAUUACAACAGACAGGUUUCUAUUCCGCCAAUACACAACUAACUCCAAGUUACACCGGUGCCGGCUUUGGGGGCUAUUCAAAUGACGGCGUUCAAAUCAAUCAUUUGACUUCAGCUGCUACUGGGAAUAACAACCCUUUCUCUAUGACGCAGCAAUUCGAGCAAGCCAACCCGUUCACAGAACCACAGGUAGCAAACACCGUGCAAUUUCCAAUACAACAGAAUCCUUUUCAACAGCAACCACAGCCUCAGCAGCAGCAAAUGACUAGCACACAAACAGGCUACAAUCCAUUCCAAUUACAGCAGCAGCAGCAGCAACAACAACAGGAGCUACAGCAGCAGCAGCUUCAACAACAACAAUAUCAACAACAGCUGCAGCAACAGCAACAAUUGCAACAACAGCAGCUACAGCAACAGCAGUUACAGCAACAGCAGUUACAGCAACAGCAGUUACAACAACAAUAUCAGAAUCAACAUCAGCAACAAGCUGCCUUUCAACAAAAUCCAAACCUUAUCGAUAUAUAA